UUGCGGUGGUACUCCGGUACCGUAGUAUCGUUUAUUUGAUAUUUUAAGUGUGUAAGUUUAAAAAAAAUCUCCUUGAAGAUAAUAUGAGGUUUCCUGAAUUAUAUUCCAUCUCUGAGUUACUAAGAUUGUAUGGAGUUAGUGCCUGUAAAAGUUUAAGUCAAAAUUUUAUAUUGGACAAAAACGUGAACGAUAAAAUAGUUCGCACUUUGGGGGAUCUUAAAGGACAUACAGUUAUUGAAGUGGGAUCUGGUCCUGGUGGCUUAACUAGGUCCAUAUUAAAAGCUGGAGCUCAAAAAGUUAUAGCCGUGGAGAUUGACCAAAGAUUUAUGCCCACUUUGCGCCAACUUCGAGAUGCCAGCUUUAAUAGACUCGAGAUCAUACACUCUGACAUACUCUGCUGGGACAUGGCUCAAACCCUAGACACAAUCGGUUUUAUCAAACAAGAUUGGAGGGAAGUGCCCAAGUUAAGGCUUAUCGGAAACUUACCGUUUGGCAUAACAGCGCCUUUAGUGAAACUUUUUAUGCACAGCGUUGCCGAGAGAAAGAAUGCUUGGGCUUAUGCAAGAGCCGAUAUGACUUUUCUAUUUCAAAGAGAAGUAGCGGAACGCAUGUCUUCGAAUAAUACUUCCAAAGUUUCUGGACGACUGACUCACUUGAUUCAAAGGCUUUGCAGCUGUAAACUUAUAUACAAAGUUCCCCGCGAAGUUUUUGUUCCUUCUCCCGAAGUAGACGGCGCCGUGGUUCGCAUUAUUCCUCAACCGCUCCCCCCCCCGAAGAUAUCGAUGAAGGACUUUGUAACGCUCUCUACACACCUCUUUACCUUUAAAAGAAAAAAAUGUUUGAACGGAUUGGCUCAAUUGACUGAAAGCAAAGAAGACGCGCUAUCAAUACUAAAAGAAGCUGGAGUGGAUGGCAACAUGCGCCCGGAGUUAUUAACGCCCAACCAAAUGGAGGCGCUGGUGACAGCCUAUUACAGCCGUCUAAAAGCGUGAACUUAGGGAAUUAUUAACUUUUUAUUGGUGAGUAUCUCUCGGGCUUCUUUAUUCGUGAAGGGCCAUCUCUCUGUGUCGGACUCGAUUAGGA